UAUUAGCAGAACUAUCUCAAAUUUGCCACUAUCGUCAAUAUGGAAGUGGAAUACUACCAGCCAAAACCGAACGCUUCGCGGAACAAUGACAAGAGUAUCUACUGGCUGAGGGUGUGUUCGACCUCAUUGGGCAUUUGGCCGGAAAAUUUUGUCGGGGCGAAAAAACACUGGUGGAAACGAUUGUACUACUUUAUGAUCGUGAUGCACUGGUAUAAUACUUAUCUGCAGGUGGAGUUUUUCUGCCACAAUCUGGGAGAGUUGAAAACUGUCACCGAGGGCCUUUGUUCGUUCUGUAGCAUUAGUACAACUGGGAUUAAAAUAAUGCGAUUGCACAGCUAUUCGAAUGAAAUCUACCGCAUGUUGAUGCUGAUGAAGAAUCAUGAGUUUAUAAAAGAAAUUACUUUUUUAAAAAAAGGAAAAAAUCAAAAACUCUUCGAGAAAAUAGAGCAAAUAAUGCAAGAUAAGUGGCGAGAGGUUAAUUUAAACUUGCGACUCUAUGCUUUCUCGGUGGGCAUCGUGGCAAGCUCAUACUCGAUUGUGCCAGCAAUAAUCAAUUUGGUUAAUCUUUUCCAAGGCGAUGAUGUUCCUAAAAGAUUCGUGUAUAAAACCUUUUAUCGGUAUAUGGAGGAAGCAAAAUAUCAUUUUCCUCUGCAUGAACUGCUCUUCUGUUCAGAAUCACUUUCCGGUUUCACGACCUGGGCCGGUGUUAUAGCCUUUGAUGGACUUUAUGUUCUGCUGACAAUGCAUGUCGUUACAAUGCUUAGUUCACUUAACUUGAUUUUAAAGGAGACAACGAAUGUAAGCUUCAAUGACAAGGAAAGUCGCUUCUUUCUUCGCGAAUGCAUUAAGCAUCAUGCCAGAGCAAUGAGGUUUAUGGAUUCUAUCAACGAAAUUUUCUCCCCGGUUUUGGUUGUUCAAGUAUUCACCAGCGCAUCGAUAAUCUGCGUAAUUGCAUUUCAUACCAGCGCGAAUGCGAACGAUCGUGAUUCGCAAACUCUCGUGAUGAUUCUCUACUUGAUUGCUGCCUUCUAUCAAUUGUUCCAGUUCUGCUGGUACGGACAAAGAGUCCAGAAUGAGAGCUUGCAAUUACCAGACUCUGUUUACAACUGUGACUGGUACAAACGAUCGAAGCAAUUUCAAACGACGAUGCAAAUCCUUCUGAUCGAAGUCCAGAAAACGGUCGACAUCAGUGCGUACAAUUUGUUUGUGAUGUCACUGGAAACGUAUCUUACGAUUGUGCGAACGGCUGCUUCAUACUUUACCGCACUUCAAACCUUGACCGAAGAAUAAAUUAAUAAAUUACAACCUACCACUAAUUAUGCCUUUCUUCUAAACACAAAUUCAGCACAAACAUUUUUCUGUUGAAUGAUUUCACGGCACUUAAAUCAAAUAAACACAAUGGUAU